CAACAACACUUGCGACACGCAAGCCAACGACGACAAGGACUCGAGCUCCAGGACGCCAAGAGUGCGCAUUCACUGCGGGUAGUUCUAACGCCACGGAUGAGAAUGGCGGAUACAUCAUCUCGCCCAGCAUGCCCCCGACGAAUCACACAAUGAACAAUGGGACAUCGAGUUCGGGGCCCUCGACCUCGCGUCCCCCAAACGGACAUGGCCAUGACGACGGCAACCCUUACAAUAACCCCUACGACCGCCAUGACGAUGACGACGAUGACGACGACGAUGGCACGGACGAGCUCGACCUCCUAGGCGACGACCCCCACCCCGCCAACGACCCCCUCCAGACCGACCUCUCCUCCCCACUCACCUUCAAGCGCAAACAAAAACAACCCAGCCUCCUCUCCCAACCGGGACGCCUCAUAACCGCCCUCACCGGCCGCCGCCCCUUCGCCUCCUCCUCCUCCCCCCGAACCAGCCGCGACCUGCCCCGUCCGCACGCAGCACAACAACCCUCCCAAACCUCCCAACCACCCCUCCGCCUCGACACCAACCCCGGUCCAUCCACACACCUCGGCGCACUCCCCCACACUACCAACAACAACCACAACACCACCACCAAAGACGGUGCCCUCCCCCCCCACCCACACGACUGGUACACCGAAGGCCCCGGGCGGCGCGUCGGCUACGCCGACCUGACCGCCAUCGACUGGAUCUUCGAGUACACCAAAGAACGGCAGCGGCAGCGGGCGCUGCACGCGCACGCGCCCCUCGGCCACCCGCUGCUGGGGUACCUGAGCCGCCUGCUUGAUGCCAGCCAUGUGUGGGUUGUUUUGUUGUUGUGUGGCCUGGCGGUGGGCGCGCUGGCCGCCGGGAUUGAUGUGGCGACGGAUUGGCUGGGGGAUGUCAAGCAUGGUUUUUGCUCUGGCGAGGUGGAUGGGGGGCGGUUUUAUCUGGGCAGGACGGCGUGUUGUUUGGGGUAUGAUGAGGGCAGUCAGUGUCGCGGGUGGAGGAGGUGGGGGGAUGUGUUUGGGGCCGGGGAGGGGGGCGGGAGGUGGGUGGUCGAGGGGGUGGUGUAUUUGGUUUUUGCGGUUACCUUUGCGCUUUCGGCGGCCGUGUUGGUCAAGGAGUACGGCGUGUAUGCCAGGCACAGCGGGAUACCGGAGAUCAAAACGGUGUUGGGGGGGUUCGUUAUUAGGAGGUUCCUUGGGAUAUGGACUUUGAUUACAAAGUCCUUGGGUUUGAUUCUCGCCGUGGCGUCUGGCUUGUGGCUCGGCAAGGAAGGACCGCUGGUCCAUGUCGCGUGUUGUUGUGCCAAUCUCUUUACGAAGCUGUUUCCUAGCAUUAACAAUAAUGAAGCACGGAAAAGAGAGGUUCUGUCCGCGGCAGCAGCCUCUGGCAUCUCCGUCGCCUUCGGCUCGCCCAUUGGCGGCGUGCUAUUCUCACUCGAGCAACUAUCCUACUACUUCCCCGACAAGACUAUGUGGCAAAGCUUCGUCUGUGCCAUGACAGCGGCCAUGGUUCUGCAAGCCUUUGACCCUUUCCGGUCGGGAAAACUAGUCAUGUACCAAGUGACAUACACUUCUAGCUGGCACGGCUUCGAGCUUUUCCCAUUCGUUCUCCUGGGCAUACUCGGCGGCAUCUAUGGCGGGCUGUUUAUCAAGGCCAACAUGAUGAUCGCCAGAGGGCGGAAGUCCAUUUCCUGGCUGCCGGGUCCUGUCAUUCAGGUCGUCAUCGUGGCCGCCGUUACUGCUCUCAUCAACUAUCCCAACCGCUAUAUGCGUUCCGGGAAUUCCGACUUGGUGUGGAAUCUUUUCUCGGAGUGCUCAGAGCAGUUCGAUGAUCAGUUCGGGCUCUGCAAGACGGGCGCCGCUUCUGCAACCACCAUCCUACUACUCAUCUUUGCUGCGCUUCUCAGCUUCUUCCUCGCCGCCAUUACGUUCGGCCUACAAAUCCCGGCCGGCAUCAUUCUACCAUCCAUGGCCAUCGGCGCUCUCACAGGACGCGCUAUCGGCAUCAUCAUGGAAAUCUGGCAGACCAACCACCCCAAAUUCAUCGGCUUCCACACCUGCGAGCCCGACAUCCCAUGCAUCACCCCCGGUACCUACGCCGUCAUCGGCGCCGCCGCGGCACUAGCCGGCGUCACGCGCAUGACCGUGUCCAUCGUGGUCAUCAUGUUCGAGCUGACCGGCGCGCUGAACUACGUCCUCCCCAUCAUGAUCGCCGUGAUGAUCUCCAAAUGGGUCGGCGACGCCUUCUCGCGGCGCGGCAUCUACGAGUCCUGGAUCCACUUCAACGAGUACCCCUUCCUCGACCUGUCGGAAGAAACCACCCCCAUCCCGGACAUCCCGGCCUCCCAAAUCAUGACGCGCAUCGAGGACCUCGUGGUCCUCACCGCCACGGGCCACACCAUCGCCUCGCUGACCUCGAUCCUCGAAUCGCACCCCUACCGCGGCUUCCCCGUCGUGUCGGACCCGCGCGACGCCAUCCUGCUCGGCUACAUCUCGCGCGCCGAGCUGGCCUACACCCUACACACCGCCACGCAACCGCCACGUUCUCUACCCCCAGAGACAGAAGCCUUCUUCGCCCACCAGCCCAUGGCCGACCCCCGCUCCACGCUCGACCUCCGCCCCUGGAUGGACCAGACCCCGCUCACCCUGCCCAGCCGCUCCCGCCUGCACCUCGCCGUCAGCUACUUCCAGAAGCUCGGCCUGCGCUACGUGCUGUUUGUCGACCGCGGUGUUCUGCAGGGUCUGCUGACCAAGAAGGAUGUGUGGUACCUGCUGAACGGUGCCGAGGAGACCAGGCGCACGAGUGGUGGUGGUGGUGCUGCGGCGGCGGGUGGGUUUCAGGGGUUUGAGGGCGGUGGGUUGGGGUUGGGGGUGGGGAGUGGUGGUGAUAUGGGCGUGGCGAGGGAGGAUGGGGAGGCGGAGAGUGCGGGUUUGUUGAGGGCCGUUGGGUUAGGGGAGGAGGCUGGGCUUGCGAGUCCGGGGGUGGAUAAUGGGAGUAUAUUGUAGUUAGGUGGUGUAUGUGGUGGUGUUUUGGUAUCGAAUUGAGGCGUCAGCCUGUGGGGGCUGCUUCGAUCUUUCG